UUUAAAUAAGUGUAAAAACAAUUGGCGUGAAAAAACACGAAAGUGGAUGUUGAUGAAAUCUUUUAGAUCACCGCCUUCCUAUAAAGCCCCCAAAUCUUCAACUUAUUUCAAUCUUUCAAUCUCUCUCCACUCUCCUAAGCCUCUAAAACCCUUCUCUGAUUUUCACUCUCCUCUGUUCAAACUCGAAAUUUUUCAAGAAUGGACUUAGAAGAAGAGUACGAUCUAAGCUACAAUGACGAAGACGAAGAUGAGAUCACUCAAGAAGAUGGUUGGGUAGUGAUCAUUGCUUACUUUGAAGAGAAGGGUCUGGUUCGUUAACAGCUCGAUUCUUUUGAUGAGUUCAUUCAGAAGAACACUAUGCAAGAAAUCAUUGAUGAGUUAGCCGAUAUCGUGAUUCGACUCGAGUCCCAGCACAACCCUGGUCACCAAGCCGAUUUCACUGAGACCAUCUAUAAGAUCAGCUUUGUUCAUAUUUACUUGAAUAAGCCAAUGAUGACCGAGUCGGAUGGAGAAACUGCAACUUUGUUUCUGAAAGCUGUGAGAUUGAGGAAUCUAACAUAUUCAUUUCCCUUGUAUGUAGGCGUGACAAAGAGAGUUAUAAAGAAAGGACAUGAUGGUGAAGAAGUUACUGAAACUCAGGAUUUCACUAAAGUCUUCAUUAGGAAGGUUCCUAUAAUGCUUCGGUCAAGUUAUUACACGCUAUAUCAGAAUUCAAAGAAGGAUUUGACGGAGCUUGGAGAGUGUCCUUAUAUGAUCAAGGUGGGUACUUCUUCAUCAGUGAAAGUAAAAAGGUUCUAAUUGCACUUCUUCAUCAAUGAAAGUGAAAAGGUUCUAAUUGCUUAAGAGAAGAUGAGCACCAAUCAUGCCUAUGCAUUUAAGAAGAGGCAGCCAAACAAGUAUGCCUAUACGGGAGAAGUUCAGUCAAUGGCAGAGUCCCAAAACAGGCCACCCAGUUCCAUGUUUGUGCUAAUGCUCUCCCGAACUAGUGCCAAAGGGGUAAUGGCAUUAAAAAUGGUGUUUGUGUGCAUAUUGACUGAUGACCUCCUUUUCUUUUCCUAACAAUUUGUAUUAUUUAUAAAUUUGUAUUUUCUUAAUUGUUUGCUUUUCCAUUGGAUGGAAUAUCAGCUGAACAGAGAAACUUCUGAGAGAAAAAUGCAAUGCUUGGUGUUGGCUGCUAGAUUGGCUUCAAGCUUGUCAAUCUGUUUGUGCUCACAAAACGACUCACACUCUGUUAGGACACAUCAACCCAACUUAGAGUAGCUAUGCAAUAUUAUUGAGGAGGAGAUGGUACAUUUGUGAUAAUAAUUUGCAUAUGGUACACAUUUCAUAAUAUGAAUUUAACAAAAAAUUA